AUGUCGCGGCUCUUCGCCCAGUCAGCGCUCCGCGCUGCCGUCCGAGAUGUCGCACGACAACCUGCCAUGACGAGGUCCUUCUCCUCCCUCCCGACCCUGCGCCCAGGCAUAUCCGCACCACCCAGCAUCUUCGCACGGAGGCCAGCGACCGGGCUCCUCAUGCCCAGCACCUUCACACCAGCAGCAGCAACGACGGGGGCAGCAGACGCAAUGGGAGGAACAUUAACAGCGGAUGUCGUGCCCAGCACCGCGAUCACGUCGCACCCGGCGCUCGCGGGCGUGGGCUCGCAGAUCCGCUGCGGGCCCCGGCGGCACAUGAACAUGAACCGGCCGUCGCGGCUGAUCCGCAUGCGCAGGCACGGGUUCCUGAGCCGCAUCCGCACCAAGACCGGGCGCAAGACGCUGCAGAGGAGGAAAAUCAAGGGCAGGAAGAUGCUGAGUGCUUGA